UAUAACAAUGUGAAUGCAGCAGUAUUGUUUCUGCCGCUCAUGCUUUUCACUGGUGAAUUAAGUGAAAUUUUUUACUUCCCUCUGCUGACAUCUUUCCGAUUUUGGAUGUUGAUGACAUUCUCCGGUGUUUUCGGAUUUUUAAUGAGCUACGUGACUGGAUGGCAAAUUCAGGUAACUUCACCAUUGACUCACAAUAUUAGUGGCACUGCGAAGGCAGCAGCACAAACAGUUAUUGCCGUUGUUUGGUGGGAAGAAAUAAAACCCGUGUUGUGGUGGAUAAGUAAUGUCGUUGUACUGGCCGGCUCUGCUGCUUACACCAUGGAAAUGGCCGAUAGAUAUGAAAAUAAAUCCCGAUCCACUGACAAUUCGGAGCGACAGUCCCUGAUCGCAGCAAGUAGUGAUAGUGAAACAGUUUAG